UGAUCCCUCCAUCUGGGGAACAGGAGACUGCAGAGCCCCUCCUGAAAGCCCUUCCACCUUUCCAGGAGUGUUUUCAAGUCUCCUGGAUCAGCCUGGUGAGAGCAGACACAGCAUGGAUGCCCCAUGAGGAAGGAAGGCUGUCUCCACUGUUUUGUUUGACCCCCCAGAGCUCUUCCACUCUCCUGUGAGAAGCAAGGGAUUGCUUCACUUUUUCUUACAGGCAGAUGAAGGAAGUUAGGCCCAGAGAGACCAGGGGAUAUGCUCUGGACCCCGUAGCCAGAGGACUACAGACCUGGAGUCUGGUCCCAGGCCCAUCCCACGGUGCUGUCCUGGCUCAGGCUUCCCCCAGGAUGCCAGCCUUUCUUGCCAGGAGGUCUCUAGACCCAAGGGUCUCUAGAUGCUCUGGGGCCUCCUCGGUACACUUUGGCAGAAGCUGUGUGGCUUCUGUAAGAGUUUUCCAGAGCCAGGAAUCAGUUCAGCAUCCCGGAAGAGGGGUGUCCAGGUCUUAAGGUAACCUGCCUGUGCAGAGGCGGCCUGGGCACAGGCAGCAGGGAGGGGGACUUGUGGCAGCUGGUAGCUGCACCCCUCAUGGCUUCCACAGGGCCCUGUAGGUGCCAGAUCCCUCCAGUGGAGAGACUGUCGACUAGUGCUGGAGUUCUCAGCCCUGCAGGAGCCAGGACAAACAUGCUAGGGUCUGAGCUUGGAAGACCAGCCUGUCUAAGAGCCAGGGUAGAUGGAAGAGAGAGUGGGACAGCUGCUUCAAGUGCUGGGCUCUCUCACUGUCUCCCUUCAUGCUGGGCUAUAGUUUCGUGGGCUAGGGUCUCCCCUGAGUACAGAGGUUCCAGCCAUUCACCCAUGUUCUGGUAAUAGCCCAAAUAUAGAGUCCUGGGAGGGGCUCAGGACCGCUGGGAAGGGAGCCAGGCCUGCCAUGAGCCUGGCUGAGCAAAAGGAAUGUGAGCCUUGUAGGGGCUGUAGUGGGGGCCUGGCCCAAGAUCUUCCCAGUCGGUUUUUGAAUGCAUAGCUCUGUUGGCUGCACGCUCCCUGCACAGGGCCUAGGGACAAAGGUCCUGCCCAUGGAGCCCUACCCUGGUCCAGGUCCUACCCUGGGAGGCCCUCAUUUCCCCAUCCAGCUAUUUUAACUCCUCCCCCAUGUCCCCACACCUCCCUGUAGGCCAGGACUUGGAAGGAGCCUUGCAAACCCCUUCAGUUCUCAGGGGUACCUGCUCCCCAGCUGCCCUCCUUCGGCUCUUUCAGAGCUCUGUGCCAGCUGGGCCCUGCUGGAAGAGACACAAGCAGGCCCGAGGACAGAGUCAUCCUGUGCCCCAUCCCUCUCUCAGACCAAUUAACCUUUAGAACUGCAUUAAGGAAAUUAGGCAGCAAACUCCCCAGCUAACAGACAGGCCCUGCGGGGACUGGACGGAGGAGGAGGAGGAGGGAGCCCACUGGCCCUGCGCACUGCAGCCUGUGGGCGUGCCGAUGCUCUCCGUUCAGCCCAAAGGGAAGCAGAAGGGUUGCGCGGGCUGUAACCGCAAGAUCAAGGACCGCUAUCUGCUGAAGGCAUUGGACAAGUACUGGCACGAAGACUGCCUCAAGUGUGCCUGCUGUGACUGUCGCCUGGGCGAGGUGGGCUCCACCCUCUACACCAAGGCCAACCUCAUCCUGUGCCGACGCGACUACCUGAGGCUCUUUGGUACUACAGGGAACUGUGCUGCUUGCAGCAAGCUGAUCCCAGCCUUCGAGAUGGUGAUGCGGGCCCGGGAUAACGUGUAUCACCUCGACUGCUUCGCCUGCCAGCUCUGCAACCAGAGAUUUUGUGUGGGAGACAAAUUCUUCCUGAAGAACAACAUGAUCUUGUGUCAGAUGGACUAUGAGGAGGGGCAGCUCAAUGGCACCUUUGAAUCCCAAGUUCAGUAACACCCGGCGCCUGGCCUCCAGGCCCGUCUGUCCAUCUGCCCGCCUGCCCACCCGCCUGGCCGGCCAGCCAGCCACUCUGCCAGUGCAGGCUGGCCAGCCACUCUCCUGCCACAUUAGAACUUCUCCAUCCUCGAUGGGAGGGACGGCCCUUCCUCCUCCACCACCGCCCGUCUGUGUAUGACCCCUCCUGGGGCCAGGCUGGGCCUGUACAGUCUGUCUUCUGUAUAUAAAUGGGAACAUUUAUUUUAUGAGAAAUGUAAUGCGAUUUUAUUACUGGCGUGGAUUAAACUUAUGAAUGUUUCCGGGAGGUUA